ACAAGAAAAUUAGAAGAAGCAAAUAAAGAGCGGCUUCUAAAAACUAUUUUGUGGUCAAAGAAAUGAUUAGCAUCACCGGAUAUAACAAAACAUCUUAUGAAAGAACACUGGCAGAAUAUUAAAUGUAUAAAACCGUUUAUCAAGCCAACUGUGGAACUCUGGAUCAUAUUAUUAAAAAAAAAAAACGGAAGUAAAAUUAUAGAAUAAAAUCAAAGUUUUGUCAGAAUUAGAGAGUGCAAUUAAACUGUCAAAGAAGAGAGCAAUGUUAAUGAAAAAGUGUCGAACGAAUGGGAAAAUAGAAUUUUCCUCGGCAGAAAGUUGAAAAUAAAAAUCGCAUGAUAAUGGAAGACCGUGUUAGUUCGAAAUUAAGAGAGAAAGUUUUGUAGGAUAAACUCAGCUCGAGAAAAGAAAGUUUCAUUUGCGACAGAAUGGAAAAGUGUUUUCCCUAUUUCUCGUUACAACCAGCCAAGAGGAAGAAUUUUCCUAUAACAGUCCAAUCCUCUCCUGGGAAAAUCGAUAAGCAAAUUUCAGUUUGUAAUGCUAAUGUGGACGCAGCAGUUGGAUCAGACACAAAUAUUUACUUAAAACAUCAAUUUUUAGGAAAUGAAAGUAAGGUAACAGAAGAAGUUUCAAUAUUGGGUACUACUGAAUUAUGCAGUGAUUAUCCAGAAUUUUCUAAAGAAACUGAAACUAAUUUUGAUGAAAAGGAAUUCAAUGCGAAAUCCACCCCUCUCAAGGAUGAAGAAAGUCAGGAAUCAGAAAAUGUUAAGACCGGAAAGAAAAUUGAUUUUUCUUCCUCGAAUGUGCAGACGGAUUCCGCGUUAUGUAAGGAAAAAAGAACUUGCGGGUAUCCUGAUCCUUUCGAUCGAAUGAUUAUUCAGACUCUUGAACUAUAUAAAAGAAUUUUCAUUGCUCGUGAGUCAUUUAAAAAAUUGGUGAAGAGUAAAAAAGACGCUAAGAUGAAGAAGAAACAUGUUUACAAAAAACAGGAUUCUUCAAAUAAUGAUUCAGAGCAAAAUAGAAACAAUAAGGAUUCAAAAGACAAUGCCGAGAAGAGAAGAAAAACUGAUGGUGAAAAAUUGUGUCUUUGCGGAAAAGGAUGUGCUAGUGCUGUCCUCAGCAGGUGCUGUUGUAAAACAAAAUAAUGUUACAGAAUGAUAAUAAAGUAAAUAUAAAAAAA